AUGGGAAAGAUUCGUCUUUGGUCUGGCUUGUUGCUCUCUUUGGGAUUAUGCCUGGUCGCUUAUCUUUGUGUGGAUAAUGAAGCAAUCGCCAGCUUUGCACCAAGGGAUCUGAAUAGGAAGAAGGACCAGAAAAAUGAUACUUUUAGUAGGCUACCCCUGACCAGGACCCCAAGUGCACAUCCUCUCCUCACAGCCAAUGAUACCGACAGUAAUGUUUCUAUUCCACUCUACAAGAAUCUCUCGUGUCCCUUUGAAAUGAGCAAAUUCAGUUGUUUCCGUCAAGGACGUCACCGACAAGCCCAAGCGUCCUUCGAUCUUGCCGCCAAGCGCAAACGCCCGCGAUACUGGUGGCAAUCUAACAACAACAGCAACUACACUGUCCCUACUGAUGAAUACAUACCCAAGCUGCUCUUGGUGGGAGAUUCCACCAUGCGCCAAGUGUUUGUUGCCUUGGGAUGUUUCUUUUGGCAUCAAGACAUGAUUGCCAAGUUCUACAUGGACUGGAAGCCGUAUUGGCCCUGUCAUGGAUUCCCAGGAUGUGUCACCAGUGGCAAGCACUCGGGGUUUGAUGCGGGACGCAUUCGACUCAAACAGGGGCUCGAUAUCUUCUUUUUUCCACAUGCCGGUGGCCUCGAUCACAAUCAAAAAGAAAUUAUCGAUAACUGGUUAAAGUCCUGGAAAGAAACAGGGAAACUCAAGUUUCAACUACAACCUACGGGGUAUCCGUUUGGUUUGGGACGCCGAGAUACGGUUGUGUAUACGGUGGGAAUGCACUUGACUCCUUGGAGUCGAAAGAAAAUAUAUCCCAAGAUUGAUCAAUUAGGUCGGGCCUUGCGACAAGCCCGUAUCAACGGCAGAAAUGCUCCCACUUUUGUGCUACAAACAAGCACAACGCAACAUUUCAACUCUCCCGAUGGGCAAUACUACAAAUACAUGAUGGGUUCAUCACCACCGAUUCCCCUCAAUACCACGGUCAAUGGGUGUCGGUCCAGCCUACCCAUCAAUCCACGACGAGAGAGCGAGCUCAAAGUCUUUCAAGAGGGUCAAAAUGUCGACGUAAUCUUGGAUGUGCCAGAUGAAGACAUGGGAGACUAUCAUGUGGGCGGCAACGACUGUACACACUAUUGCAUGGCCGGUGUACCGGAUCUGAUCGCCAUGAAUCUACUGGAUCGACUGGGGGAACAUUUUGGGCAAUCACAAUAG